GGGUGACCUUAGGCAAAUCACACCCUCUCCUGGCCCAGUGUCCUGCCCAGUGAAAUUCGACUGGGGAUUGUACAAUUUCUGCCUCUCCCCUUUUCCAAAAGAAUUUCUACUACUCUCUCCCUGGAUGGAGCCUCACAAAAGCUAAGAAGAAGUUAGAGACCUACCUCCUCACCACCCAGAGCCUUCUCCUUCUCAAGCAGUCAUGCCCGGGACAAAGAGUGCUGGGGAUCCCCAGGGAGCUGUUGACCUCAAACUGGACCUCAGGUCACCUCCCGAAAGUGCCAAGAAGCCGCAGAGCAAGGACUCCAGUCUCUGGAAUGGAAGCCCUUCGGAGUUGCCCAACUUGCAGAAGACCAAGGGCAUAACAGCGUUCCAGACGUUGGUUCACCUGGUGAAAGGCAACAUGGGCACGGGGGUGCUGGGACUGCCCCUGGCGGUGAAGAACGCAGGCAUCCUGAUGGGCCCACUGAGUCUGCUGGCAAUAGGCUUCAUCGCGUGCCACUGUAUGCACGUCCUGGUCAGGUGCGCCCAGCGUUUCUGCCACAGGCUUAACAAGCCCUUUCUGGACUAUGGGGACACGGUGAUGCACGGACUAGAAGCCAGCCCAAGCGCCUGGCUCCGGGAACACGCCCACUGGGGAAGGCGUAUGGUGAGCUUCUUCCUUGUAUUCACCCAGCUGGGCUUCUGCUGUGUAUACAUUGUGUUUCUGGCCGAUAAUUUAAAACAGGUAGUGGAAGCUGUUAAUAGCACCACCACCAACUGCCAUUCCAACGAGACGGUGGUUCUGACGCCCACCAUGGACUCGAGACUCUACAUGCUCACCUUCCUGCCCUUCCUGGUGCUGCUGGUCCUUAUCCGGAACCUCAGGGUCCUGUCCAUCUUUUCCAUGUUGGCCAACAUCAGCAUGCUGGUCAGCCUGGUCAUUGUCGCCCAGUACAUUGCCCAGGAAAUUCCAGACCCCAGCCGGUUGCCACUGAUAGCAAGUUGGAAGACCUACUCUCUCUUCUUUGGAACAGCCAUUUUUUCAUUUGAAAGCAUUGGCGUGGUUCUGCCCCUGGAAAACAAGAUGACGGACACCCGCCGCUUCCCAGCCAUCCUGACCUUGGGAAUGUCCAUCAUCACUGCCCUGUACAUUGGCGUUGGGGUUCUGGGCUACCUGCGGUUUGAAAAUGACAUCAAGGCCAGCAUAACCCUAAACCUGCCCAACUGCUGGCUGUACCAGUCAGUCAAGCUCCUGUACAUUGCCGGCAUCCUGGGCACCUAUGCCCUGCAGUUCUAUGUCCCUGCAGAAAUCAUCAUCCCGUUAGCCAUCUCCCAGGUGUCAAAGCGCUGGGCGCCGCUUCUGGACUUGUCCAUCCGCGUCACCAUGGUCUGCCUGACAUGCGCGUUGGCCAUCCUCAUCCCCCGCCUGGACCUGGUCCUCUCCCUAGUGGGCUCCGUGAGCAGCAGUGCCCUGGCCCUCAUCAUCCCGCCCCUCCUGGAGAUCACCACCUACUACUCGGAGGGCAUGAGCCCGCUCACCAUCGCCAAAGACGCCCUGAUCAGCAUCUUGGGCUUCGUGGGCUUUGUGGUGGGAACCUACCAGGCCCUGGACGAGCUGAUGCAGCCAGGACAUCCUGCCACCUUUUCCAACUCCACCAUUUUUGUUCGGUGAGAGUGGCACUGCUCCUCACCUGACUUUUAAUGAUAUGGAACUCUUGUAUAUAUACAUUAUCUUUAUUUUGCCGCCUUACCUUUUCUCUGGGCCAAGUCAUGGUGAAACAAGCAAAGAUUCACCAGCUACAAGGUCUAGAUGGUAAUUAAAUUUGUUGUUGUUGUUUAUUCUUUUUCUUUCCAUCUCUAGCUUCCCACUACAUUGAGAGCUCUCCCACAGAAGGCUCUCUAUUCCAUCCAACUUUUUGGCAAUUCACAUGGUGCAUUUCACACCUUGAGUGGAGCUAUGCAAGAAGCAGCUAUGCAAGAAGCACUUAGGGGACACCUAAGUGGCAGCAAGUGGCAGAAGGUGUGGCCAGCUAAGGCUGACCCUGAUUUGCUAGACAAAGGAUUUCCCCUUUUCUGGAUCUGUGCAAAGAGCAAAGAGUAGGAGUGGGGACACAAUCUGUAAGCCCGCAAAGUGCGCACAGCUCCAGCAUCAAGAUGGGGAGGGCCCCGAGGUCCACUGAGCCGCAACUCUCAGACAGACAAGAGCCAUCAUUUUGAAGUCAAGGGCAAUAAACUUUCUAAACCACUGGAUAAAGUCGUGGCUCAGUUCAAAGUUCCCAACAGUGGGUAGCAGGCAUGGAAGCAGAUGUGCCAAUGGCAGGGGGCGACGCAGUGGGCAAUGACAAUAUUUGGUGUUAUUUACCUCUUAAGUCUUACAAGCGUUCUUUUUCUUUUUUCUUUUUUUGUUAAUUGUAUGGAAACCUUUUUUGUUUUCUUUUCUUUUUUUCUUUUUUAAAUUUUAUUGGGGAAUGUUGGGGAACA